AUGUGUGAAGCACAUUUGCCGAUAAAUGCUAGUGAUACUCUUCAUGUGACCAACCUAUACGGGAGGUCAAAGGACUUCGGCGACUUCGGCUCACAAAUACCCCGUCAGAUUAAGAGUUUUCAAGAAAAUUCUGUAAAACCCGCAGAUGCCAUCGAAAAAUCAAUGAAUUAUAGUGCAUUCGAAAAUGCAAAGACAAUUUGCGAAAAACUUACAACAGCAUUGGGACCUGAUGCUCCAGCAUAUUCAGCUGUUGCAAAAUGGGCGAAACGGUUUCGUGAAGGGAGAGAGGAUGUCAAUGAUGACUUUCGAUCUGGUCGUCCGAUUUCGGUACUUACAGAUGAAAAUAUCGAACAAGUUCGACAAGUUAUCGAAGAUGAUCCGCAUUCAACCUAUGAGAAAGUUACUUCGCGUUGGGUUGCUCACAAACUCAGUGAUGAACAAAAGCAACAACGACUUAGAGUUUGUCGUCAAAAUCUAGCAAAAUUCCAGACUGGGAAAUGGAGAUUAUCUGAUGUCAUUACUGGUGAUGAGACAUGGAUUUAUCAUAGACGGAUUGGUCGAAAGUCAAGUAAUGCUACAUGGAUUAGCGAAAAUGAACCACCAAGGACCAUUGUUCGUCGAGAUAGAUCUGAUCCCAAAACAUUGUUUUGUUUAUUCUUUAAGUCAAACGGUCCUGUUCUUAUACACAAAGUUGAUAAAGGCAAGACUAUCAAUCACAACUAUUACAUUGAAAAUUGUCUCAGACCUGUUAUUGAUGAAAUACGAAAACAAGAAAAGUCAUCACGCACAAAAUGCAUCAGAUUGCUUCACGAUAAUGGUCGUUCUCAUAUUCAUCGGGAUGUUAUUGACUAUUUAACAGAAGAAGGUAUUGAAAUAAUACCACAUCCACCAUACUCACCUGAUCUUGCACCCUGUGACUUUUGGCUCAAUAAUUACAUCAAGAUUAACUUGGCUGACCAAGAAAACGAAGAAUCACUAGCGCGGGCGGUUUGCGAGAUAGUGAACAAUAUUCCAGAAAAAGGCUUUAAAAAAACUUCUAACAAACUAUUAGAAAGAAUGGAACUUAUGGUGACUAUUUUGAACAUUUAA